UUGCUAUAUGAAAGUCAAAUAUCCAGGGUUCUAAAAAAAAAAAUGUGAAGAGGACAAAUUACAGGAAAUUUCUGAAAAAAAAGUAAGGACCACUGCAUGGAAAUCCUAAAAUAUCGUGCUUCUAAAAAUGCACAAUUUUAAUGCAUGCCUCAAAAGUUGAGAAAUACAUUUCUCUUUUCUCUUUACUGAAAUAUGCUGACAGACACUGAACUGAGGAAGGAACUAGAGCAAAUUCUGAUCAUUAGGGUUGAGGACUGUAGCUUUUGCAGAUAAAUUGCUCAAUUUUUGGGUAAACCUCUUCCUGAGUUCCAAAGAUUUAUAUGCAUUAAGGUGCUAGAUGAUUUUGGACAAUGUAGUAAAUUAAUUUACAUUUAUUCUGUUCAUUUACACAGGUCACACUUUCAGAUUUCUAAUGGAGAUUAGAUAUUGCCAUUGAUUAAACCUGCUUUAUUAUGGACAUUGGUUUUGGCUUUUGAAUAUUUCAGUGGAGUGAAAAACAUGCACUCUUUGCUGUCAUAAGUAUCUCUCAGAUCUCAAGUUGGAAGAUAUGGCUGCCUGAAGUGUAUUGACUGCUGACGUGUUCUGUGGAAGAAAUCCAAUCACAACAUGCAAUUUAAAUGGGUUUCUUAUAGCGAAAGCAAAGCUGUCAGUCAUAGGGACAGGAACAUGGUCUACUCAUUGCAGAUGAUAUCUCAUUACAAAAGCCUGUACAAUAGAGAACAGCAUUAUAAAGUACUUAGUUAAACAUCAGCAGGGGAUUAUGCGGUUGGAUGAUCGUGACUUAAUCAGAGACCUUAGACCCCGAUUCUCGGUCUCAGGCUCAACACGACAGCAAGUCUAUUAAUGAAAGGGUGAAGAGUCACUAGACUCUUUAGCUGAAGAAAUGCAUUAUUAUAGCCAAUUCCAUUUUAGUCCUCCGAUUUCUUCAUCUAUAACCAAUAUUUCACGAGAAAUGAGUCACUGAUUAUUGACUGAAACUGACUUUUUUUUUUUGGCAUGUUUUGCUGCUUUAAAAACUAAGCUUCUGAACCUUACGGAUUUAGAAUGACACAGUCCUAUAGACUUGGUCAGUGUAAACAAAUUGCAUUGUCAUGGUCAGUGUUGUGCUUGUCUGAUUGGCAGAAAGGAAAGGUUAAACUAGGUCAGUUGGACUUGGAGGGAGCCUUGAUUGCCAGAGACCAAGUUGGCAUCCAGGACUUUGUGCUUCUUGACGCCCACAACAGUGAAACAGCCUUCCUGGACAAUCUGAAAAAACGUUUCACAGAGGAUUUGAUAUACACUUACAUAGGUACUCUGCUGAUAUCUGUAAACCCAUACAAAGAGUUGGACAUCUAUACCAAGAAACAAAUGGACCUCUACAUGGGAGUGAACUUCUUUGAACUUCCCCCUCACAUUUAUGCAUUAGCAGACAAUGCCUACCACACCAUGCUAACAGAAGCCAACAACCACUUUAUUUUGAUAUCUGGGGAGAGCGGAGCAGGCAAAACUGAGGCCUCCAAGAAGAUCUUGCAGUACUAUGCAGUCAGCUGCCCUAGUUCCACCUUACUCGACACAGUGAGAGACCGCAUGCUCAUGUCCAACCCUGUACUAGAGGCUUUUGGAAAUGCAAAGACAAUGAAAAAUGACAACUCCAGCCGUUUUGGGAAGUAUAUGGACAUCCAGUUUGAUAGCCAGGGAGAUGCUGUUGGUGGCCACAUACUCAGCUACCUGCUGGAAAAGUCUAGAGUGGUUCACCAAAACCAUGGUGAGAGAAACUUUCAUAUCUUCUACCAGCUGGUGGAGGGAGGAGAGGAAGACCUACUGAGGCACCUGGGCUUGGAGAAGGACACUAAACGUUAUAGUUAUUUAGUGCAGGGAGAAUGUUCCAAUGUCAGCUCUAUUAAUGACAAGAACGACUGGAAAACUGUUAAAAAUGCAUUGUCGAUUAUUGACUUUGAUGCUAAUGACAUUGAGCACCUCUUUGGGAUCAUAGCUAGUGUGCUCCAUUUGGGGAAUGUGCACUUUGAUGGAGACACCAAAGGUUAUGCUACUCUAAACUCUAAUGCAGCUCUGCGCUGGGUAUCCAAGCUGUUAGGGGUCCAUGUUCAGGUCCUUCAUGAAGCUCUUACAUUCAGAAAGAUUGAAGCCAAAUCAGAGGAGGUCUUGAGUCCAUUCACUGUUGAUCAUGCUAUCUAUGCCAGAGAUGCCCUGGCCAAAGCCAUCUAUGGUCGUGCUUUCACAUGGCUGGUCAACCGAAUCAAUGAGUCUCUGGAGAAUAAAGAUUCUAACAGGAAGACAGUCAUUGGAUUGUUAGACAUCUAUGGAUUUGAGGUAUUCACUGUUAACAGUUUUGAGCAGUUUUGCAUAAACUACUGUAAUGAGAAGCUACAGCAGCUCUUCAUUCAAUUGACGCUGAAGUCUGAACAAGAGGAAUAUGAAGCGGAAGGAAUUGGGUGGGAGCCGGUGCAGUUCUUCAACAAUAAAAUCAUCUGUGACCUGGUGGAGGAGAAGCACAGAGGAAUUAUCUCUGUGCUGGAUGAGGAGUGUGUGAGGCCAGGCGAUGCCACGGAUCUCACUUUUCUUGAGAAACUUGAAGAGAAAAUGGGCAAUCAUCCCCACUUUGUAACGCAUAAACUGGCUGAUAAGAAGACCCGCAAGUCUCUGGAGAGAGGAGAUUUUCGUCUUCUUCAUUAUGCAGGGGAGGUGACCUACUGCGUUGUGGGGUUCAUUGACAAAAACAAUGAUCUUUUGUACAAGAACAUCAAAGACGUGAUGCGCCUGUCAAAGAACCCAAUAAUACAGCAGUGCUUUCCAGCCACUGAAGGAGACAGCAGGAGAAGACCUGAGACAGUGGCCACUCAGUUUAAGAACAGUCUUCUGCAGCUGACGGAGAUUCUGACAGCCAAGGAGGCGUGGUACGUGCGCUGCCUCAAGUCCAAUGACAAUAAACAGCCAGGCAAGUUUGAUGAAGUUCUGGUCAGACACCAGGUGAAAUAUCUGGGGUUAAUGGAGCACCUGAGGGUCAGACGAGCUGGAUUUGCAUAUCGGCGUAGAUACGAGGUUUUUCUACAGAGGUAUAAAGCACUUUGUCCUGCCACUUGGCCCCACUGGAGAGGUGUACCUGCAGAUGGGGUGGAAACCCUGGUGCAACAUCUAGGCUACCAGUCUGAUGAGUAUAAAAUGGGCAGGACAAAGAUAUUUAUACGAUAUGCCAGGACACUUUUUGCCAUAGAAGAUGCCUUUGAAAUCUGCAAACAUGAACUGGCUACAAGAAUACAGGCCAAAUACAAAGGCUACAGAGCCAAAGGAGAGUUUCGAAAACAGAAAGAGGCUGCUACAAAAAUUGAGUCGUGUUGGAGAGGAGCGCAGGCACGCAAAGAGAGAGAACGCAGAGCCUGGGCUGUCAAAGUAAUUAAAAAGUUUAUUAAGGGCUAUAUGACAAGACGUGAUGCAAAAACUACUGACAACUCUGAAUACCUGGCCUUCGUCCGACAGAGCUACCUGAAUAGACUCAAAGACAAGUUACCAAAGACCGUCCUGGACAAGACCACAUGGCUGACACCUCCCCCAGUCAUGACAGAGACCUCAGAGAUUCUGCGACAGCUGCACACACGUAUGAUGGUGAGGAAGUAUGUGCGGGGAAUUACGCCACAGAAAAAAGCACAGCUGCAACAAAAAGUAGUAACCAGUGCCAUCUUUAAGGGAAAGAAGGAUAGCUAUCCUCCGAGCAUCGCUGUUCCUUUUGCGGACACUAGAAUCAAUGAACAAGAUAUCAAUAUGAGGGUUCUUCAGACUAUACGACAUGAACGUAUCAAGUACAGCGUUCCUGUGGUGAAGUAUGACAGGAAUGGAUUUAAACCCAGACAAAGGCAACUUAUUCUCACUCAGGCUGCUGUAUACCUGGUAGAAGAGGCUAAGAUCAAACAGAGAGUGGACUAUGUUUCUCUAAAAGGUGCUUCUGUCAGUAAUCUGGGUGACUCUGUUAUGAUCCUUCAUGUUGCUUUCAAUGAUCCAAAACAGAAGGGGGACAUGGUACUUCAGUGUGACCACCUGUUUGAAGCUUUGACCAAACUGGCUAUGAUUGCCAACAAGCAAAAUAACAUCAAGGUGGUUCAAGGAAGCAUAAAGUUUGAGAUCCAGGCAGGAAAGGAGAGUGGUGUGGACUUCAGCACUGGCCAAGAUCCUAUGAUUUAUAAAGGCAAAAAUGGUCAUCUGAUGGUGGUGGCUCCACGGAUCAAGUCUCGAUGAUCUGAAGGAGGUCACCAUGUCCCUGUAUAUUUCAUGAGGGAAAUCCUUAUGGAACACGAUGUCUUUCUCCACCUACCAAAAUGUGAUACACAACACACACACACCACUAAGAGCUCAUUAUAUGGAGAUUCAAAGAAGCACUUAUCACAAAUGGAAAAUUACAGCUACAGGGAAAAGAAAGCUAUUUUUGUCCAAAUUGUUUAGGUUACGGUUCUUGCGAUGACAUUUCUUGUAAAUUGAACAUUUUAUUUGGUAAUUUCCAUGCUUUGUUGUUGAGCCAUAUUUAUAAUAUUGUUUUAUACCUAUACAUACAAACCACAGAAAUAAAAGAUGAACAAAUGCACAGUUUGGGUCUACAAAAUUUGUAGAAAUCUUUAUUUGUGAUAACAUGUGUAUAAAUAAUUUUUAUGUAAAACCUUUUUUAUUCAUGUGCACGUCUGUACAAACUUCUCUACAGUAUUACAGAUUUCAUAGUUUUUUUUUUUUUUUUUUUAAA